AUGGCCCCUAAAGACCAGACAAUCCUCAUCACAGGCGCCUCUGGUUUCUUGGCUUCGCAUAUUGUGGACUAUUUCCUUCGCGCUGGUUACCAGGUCCGAGGGACUGUUCGCUCAGCCGCAACCGCCGAAAAAGUUCAACAGACUUUCCCUCUAUAUGCCUCACAAUUAUCCUUCGCUAUCGUUGAGGACGUCGCAAAGCCAGGAGCCUUUGAUACCGCGGUCAAAAAUGUUCAUGGUGUGAUCCAUACAGCUGCUCCAUUUCAAGUCUUUGGAGUUGAGGAUAAUGAGCGUGACCUGCUCAAGCCAGCCAUCGACGGGACCCUCAACAUUCUGAAAUCCGUCCACAGAUUUGCCCCGCAGGUGACGCGUGUUGUCUUCACUUCUUCCUUCGCUGCUAUGGUCGAUGUUACCAAGGGCAAUUGGCCUGGUCAUACCUACUCUGAGCUCGACUGGAACCUAACUCCGUACGAAGCUGCAGCCGCCAAAGGCGUUCCUGCCGCAUUGGCGUACUCAACGGCGAAGGCGUUGGCUGAGCGUGCUGCCUGGGACUUUGUUAAGAGUAACAAACCCAACUUCAAUAUCACAGCAAUCAUGCCGCCAAUGAUAUACGGCCCCAACAUCAACGCAACUGCCGACCUUACCAAGUUAAAUACCUCGUCUAUGGAUAUUUACCGCCUUAUGUCACCGCAGUCGAAAUCAAGCGACCCGGUUCCAGAGAAUAUGUUUUGGUCAUUUGUGGAUGUACGCGACGUGGCUGAAGCACAUCUUCGUGCUUACCAGGUAGCUGAAAGUGGUGGUGAACGUUUCUUUAUCUGCAAGGGUAACUUUACCUAUCAGCAGUUUGUGGAUGUCCUGCGGGCCAACAUUCCGGAAAUCAAAGACCGUGUGCCUAUCGGUAACCCUGGGACGGGAGAAGUCCCCGCCGAUGUUUACACCGUCGACACAUCAAAAUCGCAAAAGAUUUUGGGUCUGAAGUAUCGUCCCUUGGAGGAAACCAUCAUUGAUGCUGCACGGUCUCUUCUCAAGCUUGAGGCUCAGAAUGCCUAA